AGUUUUAAUUUAUCGUACGAUUAAUUGAUUUAUCGUUUAUCGGGACAGGCCUAGUUAAAAGGUAUGUUAGAUUCCAAAUAUCGGCAGGGCCUAACGAUGGCUCACGGCGUUUCAAAAGCCGACGUUCUCUCCGACCGUGACGACGGUAAGGUGUUUACGUCCAACGUAUUGUUUCAAGAAAACCAAAAAUCUCUCAAGCUGGUUCUCUAUCAAGAUGCAUUUGAAGUUGUGAACCCAUUGGGAUCUGCAAAAAAAAAGCACAAGAUCUUUGCCGUUUACUUUUCUCUACUCCAUAUGCCACCCCAUGUCCGAUCAAAUACCGAUCAUAUGCAGUCGGUCUUGUUGUGUAGAGAGAAGGAUUUCAAGGAAUUUGGCCAUUCCAGAGUUUUUUCAGAACUGUUGACUGACUUGAAAAUACUAGAGGAGAAUGGGAUAACUAUGGCAGACGAAUCAGUCGCGAAAGGAGCACCGUAUCGCAUUGCCGGAGACAACCCGGGCUCUCGCCGCAUCGGGGGUUUUACGGAAAAUGUCAGUACAUCUCAGUACUUCUGCAGAUAUUGUCUGAUUACUCGGUCUGAAUUUCAGAGUGAAAAUCCAGCUAUCAUCGGACCAGAGCGGACUCCGGAAACGUAUCGAUCUGCCACUAAACAGCUGGAAAGAGAGGAUGUGACAGAAGUGCAGGGGAUUAAGUUCAGAUACGACGGAUACACAAAAGGACAUCCACGAUGCCAUUCGAGCAGCGCUUCCUGGUCUUUCACGGGAAGUUUUGGCCGCUUUAGAGGACGUUUCGGAGAAACUCGGCACCGCAACCGCAGACGAUUUCCAGUAUAUCACCGAAGGAGACUUGCAGCCUGUGCCGAAGCCCAUUCGGGCCAGAAGACCGGUCGCUGCACGGGCCCAAAAUAG